CGACUCCUGCUUCUGUAUUUGGAAAUGAUUGUCCUCUAGUUCCGGCUCACUGUUAGACAUUGACCAAGGCCUGCUUCUGUUUUUGUCCCUCAGUUGUUCAAAACUGUGUUGUGUGAAGUGGAGCUACUUCAUAGCACUGCUGUGUCCCACCUUGUGUGUACGAGUUGAAGACGAAGUGAGGACGUCACACAAUGAAGCAGAGUUCUUGAGUUUGUUUCCUGUGACCCAGCUGCCUUCAGGUCCGUCUGACCCGAGGACUCGGAGACAGAGAGCCUCACCAUGGACUCCAGACUCGUCUUCUUCUUCUUCGCCUCGGCUCUGGUUGCGGCGGCGGCAGUGACCGCCUCUCUGUCCGGCAGCACUGCGCAAUGCAAAAUCAAAUGGUUGUUUGGCAUCGACUGCGGGAACGUCAGCGGCCGGCUGGUGAACCAGAUCCAGACCUGGCAGGUGAAGGGAAGCUGUCUGGAUGAAGGGGAGAAGUGCUCCUACGAGCUUGUGUCCACAGCUCCGUAUCUGAUCAAGGCCACUCACACGUCUCCCAGAACCAAGACGCUGAACGUCCUCCAGUUUCUCCUGGAGCAGUCCACCAUCUGCAGAGUGACGGGCGAGGCGACGUCCGAGGGCUCCAAAGACCCGGCCGGCAACGCCACCAACUUCUGCAGCCUGCAGAACCUCGUCAACGGAAGCAAGCUGACUGACGCCGCAGGAUACAAACAGUUCAGCAACAAGUGGAUCUGUCCGGGGUUUGACUCGGCCGUCUGCAGCUUCUCUUAAGACAAGAAGAGACGGAUGAGAUUUUUUAUUGUUUGUACAAUUUUCUUUUUCUAGAAGUCUUGUGUAUUUGUAUUCAGGUCUGUAUUUUGCAGAACUUUCACUGCAACAUGUUUGGUGUGUUUCUCACAUGGAGGCUAAUGCUCUGCCUUAGAUGGAGAGAUUUCAUGGACAGCAAUUUUGGAAGUCCAAGUGCAACUUAGAUCUGCACUUUGACUGGUCCGUUCUAUCAAAUAGCCAUUGUCGCUCUGGCUGAAGGUUUAUGGUUGAAUGUAGCUGCAGAUGAGACCGGUCUCAGCUCCAGUCUCAAGUCUUUUGCAGAAUCUAACAGGGUUUCCUAUUUUCAGUAUUUAUCUUCACUUACUGUAUCUUCUUUCAUUCAUUAACUCAGACCAGCUUCCUUACACAUACUGAAUAACAGCAUGAUGCUGCCACCACCACGUUUCGAUCUGAUCAGAACACAUGCAUCCAUAUGUUUCGUCUCCCACGGCUUGUGUAAAACAUUAUAUAUUCUUUUGGCUUUUUUUUUUUUUUUAAAUAAAGUUUUUUUUUGCAGAACUGAAUUCCUGCAUGAUUGAGGGGGCUGCAUGCAUGCUUUUUCUAUUUAUCUGUCUAUAUAUAUAUGUGUGUGAUUUUUAUAUGUAAAGAAUUAUGAAUCCUCUUUCUUUUAACUUCACAAUGAUGUUCUAGUUUAUGUUUGUCUCAUAUAAAAUCCCAAUAAAACACAUCUAAGCAGAAUGAUUACCACUUUUGCAAAUAAAGGAAUUGAAAAUAUACAGUAAAUAUUUAGUGAAUAAAGUAUUAAAUUGACAGAUAUUUCAAAUAAAAAAAUUUGUUUCUUUUUCUUAUUAUUUUUAGCCAUUUUCACCACCCGUACACAAACAACACAUCGCACAAAGAGCAAGUCAGGUCAGACAUUAAUUUCUGCCCACACAUAGAGUGCAGCAAUAUUCUGAAUAUAGUCUGAUUAAUAAAGCAGACACAGUCCACUCAAGACAAAAUACACCCGUCUGAAAAUACAAAAUGCUUCUUCCUUUUAAUGACAAAAUGUUGCAGGUUUUUGGAGGUAGCAUACAGCUAAAGUCACACUGUUGUCCUGGAAGACACUCAGCAACUGAAAAUAGAUACAUAUUGAGCUGGUAAGGUGCUUUACUUCGUUCUGUUCCUAAUAUCUUAAACACAUUUUGAACCUAUAAAUUAUUCCUAUAGUAACAGCUGUACAACACACACAAACACGUAAUGAUUUAAUUGUGUGAGGACCAGGCUUUUCAGCUCAACCAGCGCCCUCUGCUGGGCGGAAAUUUGAAUGCAGCCGCACGCUUAAGAAUUCUUUAGUCAGUUUUUAAAUUACUAAUUAGUGUAGCAUUAAUCAAUUAAUGCUAUUAAUGUUACUAAAGAUCUGUUGUUGUAGUUUCAAUCUUCCGGACCACUCAAGUCUUCUGGUUCUGCUCUGCGUCCCCAGAACCAGAACCAAACACAGAGAAGCAGCAUUCAGCUUCUAUGCUCCAUAUAUCUGGAACAAGCUUCCAGAAAACUGCAAAACUGCUGAAACACUUAGAUUCUUUAAGUCAAAGCUGAAUUCCCAUUUGUUUAGAGCUGCUUUUGAUUAAUAAUAAUAACGAUUCUUUAAUGAGUAAGUAGGAUGUAAAAUUGCACCUGAAAAUUAAACUAUCUGAUGUGUUUCUGCCAGACAGAUGACUGAAUUCUGUCCCUUUCUGUACGAAGCGUUUCAACACGUGUGCUUUAGCGACACAUUUGUUUCAAAUGUUUCCUUGUAAUCCUCACAGAAGAUAUUCUCGGAGCAUACAAAAGUUGAGAAAGAAAAUAAAUCAUCACCACGUUGAAGUCGCUCCUUCUCAGCGAGUCUUUUAAGAUUUUAGGCCCUUUUUUUUGUUUUUUGUAAAUGCAGGCCUGACGUAAGAAGUAAUUCCCACCAACACGUCACGCUGUCCACACAGAGCCCAGGAAGCAGCCGGAUGAAUGGAGUGGUCCAGGCGCGUCUCACUGUGUUUUGCCGCUUCCCGGCGUUCCUGUUUCAGUGUCGAACUCAGUCAGGCAGCAGUAGAGCAACAUCUGUGUGUAUUUGGUGACAGAGGCUUGGAGAGAGAGAGACACAGAAAGUUAAGAAAAUGUCAGAAACAUUUAAGGCAUGAAUGAUCCGAGUAUAAUCAAAGUGUGGCAAAUGUGUAACAAAUAUGCAAAC